GGGCAUUAGCGAAUUGAGAACUGUGUAGUAUUGAGAGGGGAGACUCUCCGGCUUUGUCUACGCAUCCGCAUUUGACACCUCAUCUCCUCUUUCUCUGCUGCUGCUCAUUUGCUGACUGCAGUUUAAACCUCCAGCACCCACCCAGACUCUCUCUCUCUCUCUCUGGGAGAUCCCAUAUCCACAAGCUAUCCUCCAGGCUUGCCUUUGGAACAACCUGAAAUUUUGAUCCUAAACUUUCAAGGAUCAGAGACAGUUUUAAGGGAAUGGCCGGCAAUGGUGAUGACAACAGGGUGGUUUCAGGAAAAGAUGAGGCAAAUUGUUCAGAGACCACUGUUGAGAUAAAGAUAAAGACAUUGGAUUCUCAGACUUACACAUUACGAGUGGAUAAAUGUGUGCCUGUCCCUGCACUGAAGGAACAAAUUGCUGUAGUUACUGGUGUGUUGUCAGAACAGCAGCGGCUUAUAUGUCGGGGAAAAGUUUUGAAGGAUGAUCAACUUCUUUCCGCUUAUCAUGUGGAAGAUGGACAUACAUUGCACUUGGUUGUGAGACAACCCGUUGUUCCAUCAUCAGAGGGCUCUCCGAAUCCAGCUACUGAUCCUGCAUCCACUGGUGGGCGUAGUCAAGGAAGCCGAGGUCCUGGUGUUGUAGUUGGAAGCUUUAAUAUCUCUGAACAAGAUGGAAGUUUUCCUGAUUUAAGUCGUGUUUUUUCUGCUCUGCUUGGUUCUUUUGGAAUAGCAGGUGCUGGAAGUGGCAGUGAAGGGAUUGAUCUUAAUGAGCAUCCACUAGAAAGGAUUCUAAACGGCCCUAGUCUUGGUGGUCUAAGAAAUUCUAGCAGGCCACAGACAGACCAAGCUGAUUCAAGGGGACAAGCAAUAAAUGAUUCUGGUAGUUUCUCUGUUCCAACUGCUGAUUCUGUGGAGUCCCUCCAGCCGCCUAUUAUCCCUGAUUCUUUAGCAACUUUGUCCCAGAACUUAAAUCGUUUGAGGCAGGAAUUUGUUGCCAAUGUUCAAGAACAGACCAACUUAAGUCAGGCUGUUGGCAUUCGUGGGAGGGAUGGACAAAAUUCAGAUGCAGCAUCAGUUUCUACUGUCCAAAGAGGACUUCCAACACCGGCAUCCUUGGCAGAUGUGAUGCUGACUGCAAGACAGAUUCUCAAUGAACAAGUAGAAGAGUGCUUAUUGCUACUUGCAAGACAGCUGGAGGAUCACGCAAAUGUGACUGAUGCUUCAGAACGAGUGAGAAUUCAAUCUAGUGCUCUAAGAUCGGGAAUUCUUCUUCAAAACUUGGGGGCCGUGCUACUUGAGCUUGCUCGGACAACAAUGACGUUGCGGAUGGGGCAAACACCGGCCGAAGCUAUCGUAAAUGCAGGGCCUGCUGUGUUCUUAUCGCCAAGUGGUCCCAAUCCUAUAAUGGUUCAGCCACUUUCUUUUCAACUGGGAACAGGGUUUGGUGCGACUGGUGGAACUGUCCAACAGAGCUCUGGAAUUCCUGCUGGAUCUGGUGGUUCUGGCGUCUUUCCAAGGAAUAUUGAUAUCAGAAUCCGAACAGUUGCUGUGCCAGCAAGUGCAAAUCGAAGAGAGUCAAAUGGUGCACAGAAUCAUGGAUCGACUGUUCCUGCAGCUAUUAAUACUGGAAAUUCUGCUCAACAAGGAACUGGAAGAGGAUCUGGAAGCCCUGCUACUAGAGAUCCUGAAGUGCGGGUAGUUCCCAUUAGGACUGUAGUUGCUGCUGUUCCUGCUUCUGGUGGACGAGCAACUUCUGAUCCGUCACGUGGUACAAUGGGGAUGAUACUUCCCAUUUUUGCUAGAGUUCAGCGUGUUACUUCUGGAAUUUCAGGUGGUGCUAGAGGUGAUCUAGCAUCUGAUCAACCUCAUACCCAUCCUGUUGAACAGGGAAGCCAAUCCAUCCCUAAUUCAGCACUUCAGCAUGAAAACGUUCAUGUGGUUGGCGUAGAUGGUGACAGUAGUUCAGUUGGUGAAGCGGCGGAGGGUCCAGGAUAUCCUUCCCAGUUUAUGAGUCGACUUGAACAGUUGCUGAGGGGAGUGUUUGCUAGUGAUCAUCUACAGGAUGACAGUGGUAAUUCCCAGGUUAGAGAUGCAGAUGGUGUUACCAGGCAUGUUGGAGCUGCUGAAAAUGGCAAUCGUCCUGAUGCAGCAGAAGCAGCAGCAAGUGACGAGGGAGCCUUUCUGUCCAACGUAUUGCGUCAGAUUAUGCCCAUUAUAUAUGAAAACGGAGGAGGAUCUGGUUCUAAUGACUCGUCUUCAGGUGGACAAACUACUGAAGAGAGGAACACACAAGGGUCAUCGACACAAGGUGAAGGGAAUGGGAAUCGUGCAUCCUCCUCUCGUCGGCAGGAAGACCCUCCGGCUGCUGAGCAGCCAGAUCCAAAACGGCAAAAGCGGGAUUGAUUUUUGUUGAAGAUUGUUUUAUUAUUUGAUUCCAGAGGACUUGGUUUAUGCCUUUGUGGUUGAAGAUGAAGAUGAAAUAUCUGCAAAUGAACUUUUCAGCUGUAUACGUAUAUAGAUAGCACUUUUUUUUGGGCUGGAUCAGUUUUCGAAAGUGUUCUUUUCCAUUAUCAAGAUGUAUUUUCUUCUCUGAUGUAUGUUCCCCGAAACAGUCCUUAAUUGGCGUUUCAAUGCAGGCACUAUUGACUAACUAAAAAUUUAGAUUUGCUGUGAAAUGGACUACAAUUUGAUCUCAAUCAUAA